AAUUGUUUGUAACAAGGUUACACGUCGCAGUUUCGUAACUGUGAUCAUAAACCCGGGAACACCGGGCCACUCGUCAUUGUUCAAAUUCCACGCGGACGCGGAGUUUUAACAGAAGAUCCCGCCAGAGUUUUCCUCCACAACGCGGGGUGGGGGACAGUAAAAUUCCUGCCUGACUCACACCGAGGUGGGCGUUCAUCAGCUCCACUUUCAGAAUCACCGCAAUGACCAGCAGUCUCUUCCGUCGCCGAGCUCCUUUAAGGGAUGACGCGCGGACGGUAUAAGAAGCCCGCGGACGCCAGCACCUGCGGCUCGGACGCGUAAAGACGCGCGAUGAGCAGGAGACGCGCGCACUGCGGUUCCGCCGCGCUUCGUCUGGAUCUGGAAGUCGGGAUCAGCGGGUCGCCGGGUGAAGCGAAUCGCCCUCCUUUGUUCGCGCGGAUGAGGGUCUGACGCGUUCCCCGGGGGAUUUUCAGUCGCGGCGCAAACGCUGGAAACACACACACACGCGCGCGCGCGCACGCACACGCUCAAUGCUGCUAUGACUUCCUGCGUGCGUCCGUACUGUGGUCUGAUUGCUCUUCGCACGCUGCUGCUGCUGCUCGUGUCCGCGAGGUCCGAUCCGGCGGAUAACCGAUGCUUGUCGUCCCUCAUCUCCACAUGUGAAGACUGUCUGAGACGCGGCCCUGAAUGCGCGUGGUGCUCUCAGGAGAGGUUUCUGGACGGGGCUCAUGUAAGUCAGCGAUGCGGAUCUGUGUCUGACCUGCGAGUCCGAGGCUGUGAAGAGGCUUUUAUCCAGAACCCGAAGGUGAAAGUGGAAGUGAAUGCCACCAGCGGCGGCUCACAGGUGUCACCGAGAGAGAUUAACAUCCACCUACGACCAGGCGGCGAGGUGUCGUUCGUGGUGGAAGUGCAGCAGUUGGAGCGCUAUCCUGUGGAUCUGUACUAUCUAGUGGACGUCUCGGCCUCUAUGCAGGACAAUCUGGACCGACUGAAGACUGCGGCUCUGGCUCUGUCUCAUCUGAUGAAGGAACACUCCAGCGACUUCAGAGUGGGCUUCGGCUCGUUCGUGGAUAAACCACUGUCUCCCUACAUUGACGUCCAUCCAUCCAAACUCCUGAACCCCUGCAGUGAUUACGAGGUGAACUGCAGGCCAGCUCACGGCUUCAUCCACGUUCUCCCUGUCACUCACAACAUGACGGAGUUCACGAGAGUCAUCCAGGAGCAGAGGAUCUCAGGGAACAUGGACACUCCGGAGGGGGGCUUCGAUGCUAUGCUGCAGGCCGCCGUCUGCCAGAAGGACAUCGGAUGGCGUCGGCGGCGUCUGCUGCUGGUGAUGACGGACCAGCCGUCUCAUCUGGCUCUGGACAGUAAACUGGCCGGACUGGUGGUUCCUCACGACGGCCGCUGCCAUCUAGAGGAUAACAUCUACUCCCAGACCACUACUAUGGAGCACCCAACGAUCGCUCAACUGGCCGAGAAGCUCCUGGAGAACAGCGUUUACUCCAUCUUUGCGGUGGACCAGGUGCAAUAUCAGUGGUAUGAGGAUCUGCUGGACUUGAUUCCUGGAAGUUACGUGGGCCGACUCUUUCCCAAAGCAUCUAAUCUAAAAGAUUUAGUCGUGCAUGCCUACAAGAAGCUGCUGUCGGACGUGGAGGUGCAGAUGGAUCUGGAGGACGGCCAGGAUCGGGAGCAGCGCUUCCGGGUGAGCGUCACGGCCCUGUGUCCCGACGGAUCCACGCUCGCCGGAAACGCCAAGUGCUCCGGCGUCCGGCCCAAACAAACAGUGUCCUUCAGGGUGACCGUAGGGAUGAGCCGGUGUCCGGAGGACGGCUCGGAGCGGGACGCCGUGAUGUCCGUCAGAGCCGUGGGUUUCAACGAGACGACGCGGGUCCGGAUCCGUCAGCUGUGUGCGUGCGGCUGCUCUCGGACGGCCGGCUGCGGGGACGGGUCCUCGUCUCUGGACUGUCCGGCGGAGGCCGGCGGCUGCAGGGCGUCCCGGGGCGCAGCCGUCUGCGGCGGGAGGACUCUGUCGGUGCGCGUGUGUGUGUGUGACUCCAGCCGGCUCGGACACAUCUACGGCCGCUUCUGUGAGAUGGACGACUUCUCCUAUGCUCCAAAGCAGCAGCUCGUGGUGAAGAGUGAACUGGACACGGCCGGUGUGUUUCGGGAGUGUGUGUGUCUCUCCGGCUGGGCGGGUGAGUCCUGCGACUGUCCCGCUCUCCACCGAGAGCUGCGUGUCGGACGACGGCCCGCCUGCAGCGGCUGGGGGAAGUGUGUGUGCGGCAAGUGUGUGUGUGACGACGCUCGGCGCUCGGGAGCCUUCUGUGAGACAUGCCCCGUCUGCUACAGCUCCUGUCAAUCACACUGGAGCUGUGUGAAGUGUCACGUGUCUCGGGUGUCUGGACUCAGGAGCGCCUCGGUCUCUCUUGUGUGGAGGGCGUCUCACUGGAAGUACUGCCUGUAUCCCAGCGGUGAGAAGUGCCAGCAUCGCUUCCUCGUGGAGCUGUCUUCAGAUGGUCCUCAGCUGCUCAUCAGUCGUCAUCCGGUGUGUGUUUGGAGCCGGCGGUACUUGAAGACGUUCCUCAGCGUCUUCCUUCUGACCGUCACGCUGGGAAUCGGGAUGCUGGCCGCUGUCCGUCAGCUGCUGAGAGCCAGGAACUGCUCGUGGCCGUCCAACCCUGAGCAGCAGUUUGACCACAGCCGCAAGCGCGUGCCCACGACCAGCGAGAAGACCAUCACAUACAGGAGGGACCGCCUGCCGAAUCACCCGGUCGAGAUGCACCUGCCCAAGAAGCCCCUGAGCGACGGCUGGCAGUGACGGCGAGGGUCAAAGGUCAUCUAGAACCGAAGCACUACCUGAAUGAAAACACAAUCUUUCUCUUUAAGCACUUACUUCACGAGAGCAAUAUCCGGUGUGGGUUUUUCUGAGUCGAGUGGCUUUAUUUUUCAUUCCGU